AUGAUUCUUCUGUUUUUCAGUGGUAUAUGCCUGGCUGUGGCAGCAGGUGCUUUUUAUGGGCUGACUUUCGUGCCGGUUAUCUACAUGAUAGAAAAUCCAGAUCAGUUCCCUAAUCAUCCGAUGGACCCAUUACCUUACGUUUUCUCUCAUUACUUUGGAAUAUUCUUGACAGCCACAGCUAUAUUUACGGGAUACGCCGUGAUGAGACAGAAUCGUCCUGUGGUUCCACCAUACAUUGUACUGCCGUCGCUCAUUGCUGGAGUACUAUGGGCAAUUGCAACGACGUCAUUCUUCGUCGCAAACCAGUAUCUUUCCCAAGCCAUUUCGUUCCCGAUUAUCACAAUGCUUCCUGGAUGUGUUGUAUCCGCUUGGAGUAUACUCUACUUUCACGAAAUCAAGGGUAGCCGGAACCUUAAAAUUCUUGCAGUCGCUAUGGUGGUGACGCUGAUUGGGGCGGUGAUGGUUGGACUGUCGAAAUUUGUUUAUCUAUGA